CAUUCAGUUGAGUGAAUGACACCUAACUUCAAAGGCAAGGCCCGCAGUUGGAGGGUAAAACUGGCGAGGUGGCAGAUAUCGGAGGCGUUUUCACAGAGGCGGGUUCUCGGCAAGUCCUAUCUGAAUGACAAUGUCGCUCGGUCGGAUCCCGAGGCUAAAAAUAGCCACCUCGGCUCGGGCAGACGAGUUGAGGAGUACAGUGGGAGACGGUCGCUCGACAAUUUAAGGACAGACACGAAAAUGGUCCCUGAACAAAUAUCCGAGACAGUAGCCGUUGUGAAAGUUCCCAAUUACGAAGAAAAGUAUGUUGGUAGUGUGUUGGACCUGGCUACCAUGAAACGCUACAAUGACAAGGUGUGCUUCGAGCCGGCCAUGACUCCCGUGCAUUUCGCGCAGACUCUUAUUUGCUACAAAAACUCGACUCGGAAGAGAUUUGUGAGCAGAACAUUUUAUGAACCGAGAGUAAAGCCGAAACGUUUUGCCGAAACGACGAUAGUCUACCCAAAGCAUCCGGAGAAGUGUUUUGUGAGUUUUCUGGAUUAUCACAUCGACGAAUGUAGGAAGUGGUUUAAGACAUGUAUGGAGUUCAAAGCGAAGACCUACACGACUACAAAGAUUGGUGUGGGGUUGAAGAAAGACACGAACGUUGACAACAAAGUUAACGAAAGCGACAACUCUCCAGGUGCAUCGCAGGUGUUUAUACCCCGUUUCAACAAUGACGGCGCACCUUACGAAAGAAAAUUCAAAUUUGCACUGAAACCAGACAUUAACCAGAACACAAACGGACCCGUCAAUGGAUAUUGAGACAAGGUGUGUGUAGGUUAUAAUAUUGGAUGCUUUUAUUACGGAGACGUGCCGAACGCCAUGAAAGUGUGUGAACAAAGAGUGACAUGUUAUUAGUUAUUGUUAAUACGGAAUGUGUCAACACGGCCUUAGGUCACGAUUUCAAACAGUUGUGUUGAGAAAUGGAUUAACGUUUUUCUGAAAACCCGUCGCCUUUGUUGCCAAAAAUGAUAUACCACACCGAUAGAAAAGAGAGCCGGUUGUGUGUAUACCAAGAGGAUUCUGUCUGAACGUCACACACGAGGUGCCUUCUGUUUUAUAACACAACAUCAAGACAGGUGAUAUGUGGAGUCAUACAAGACGUUUUCCUAGUAGCAUACUCAUUCCGCCAUGGACAUGAAUAUUCAUAAUGUCACAAUUAUGCAAUACGUUUCUACGUGGAUUAACAUGACGACGUAAAGUUUAUGACAUUGUUGUGGACAAAUAUAUCCAUGUUUAUAUCCCAUAUAUAUCAUGUAUAUAGCAUGUAUGGUUGUGACUUUAGAAUUUAGAAUUCUUGUGUUUCACCUAUAUUAGUCAUUUCACCUAUUUUCCUGUCUUAAGGUCAGUUGAAUAGAUUCCUGUUUCUCGUUACCUUUUUCAGAACUAAUGUGUUAGUUUUGAGGUUGUUAUUCCCUUUCAGUUCAAAUUUAUAAG